AUGAGCUCGAUUGUGGCAGCGCACGAUCAAAGACGUGUGAGAUCGUUUCCUUCCACUCCGGCAUUCAAUCGAUCACCCUUCAAUCCAUUCUUCCACAUCAAAUCGCCUUAUAACCGAUCUCCCUUCAGUCCAUUCUUCUACAUCAAUUCCCCCCAUGGGGUGUUUUUCCAGCAGCCGCAGAAGCAAAUCCUGAGCUUCUCCGCGAGCAGCAGCCCCAGCAGCGUCAAGAUCGCGCUCACUCGCAGCAGCGAUCCAUCGUCCCUCGCCUGGAGCGAGCCACAACACAUCUUGGUCCUCGCAGACGCCACCAAGGAACUAAACACCGAUGCGCUCGCCUGGACGCUGGAGCUCGUCGCCAAGCCCGGAGACACGGUGACGUUCGCUGGGAUCUUGCCUUGGCUCUGCCUUCCACUGCUUGUAAAGAGAUGGUCGGAGCUUCGCAUGAUCGAUGAGAAGUCGUGCACUACCCGAGAAGGGGAGGUCCAGCUCAAAUCCGCGGAGUUCUUGCGCAUCCAGGAUUCCUACCGUACCAAAGGAGUGAGCUUGGACAUCAUCAUCGAAUCGGGCUACCCUCCUCGCGACGUCGCGGUGCAGCUGGCGCUCAAGACCCAGGCCAAGUGGAUCAUCUGCUACAGGUGUAUGAACAAGAGGAUGGAUCAAUGCCUGCUGUUCCAGAAGCUGGGCGGGAAGAACAUCGUCUUCCUCAAGAGCAAGGACGAGGGCAGCGUCUCCUUCGCCGCCAAAACGCCCACCGCGCCAUCAAUGGCACUGCUGUACGCGCGCGAGGAGCCCGGAUUUUGCAGCCCACACUGCGAAUUGGGCCAUCUAGGCCUGCAAGACAUUGGAUUGAAAGGAUUGAAAGUGCCCAGCCAUGUCACGCUGGGCGAAUGCCUCACCAAGAACAAAGCGAAAUAA